UGACACACAAUGAGGAGCAGGGAAGACGCCAAACACCGCUGUAAAUAAAUACAACGACCACUGGAGCUGAAGAACCAUGGAGAAUCAGUGCACAGUGCAGGUGAAGCUGGAGCUGGGACACAGGGCUCAGCUGAGGAAGAAGGUGACAUCAGAAGGCUUCACCCACGACUGGAUGGUGUUUGUCCGAGGCCCGGAGGCCGGAGACAUCCAGCACUUUGUGGACAAGGUGGUGUUCCGCCUCCAUGAGAGCUUCCCCAAACCCAAGAGAGUAUGCAAAGAGCCCCCGUACAAAGUGGAGGAGUCGGGCUACGCAGGCUUCCUCAUGCCCAUCGAGGUCUACUUCAAGAACAAGGAGGAGCCGAAGAAGGUGUGCUUUAACUACGACCUGUUCCUGAACCUGGAGGGGAAUCCCCCGGUGAACCACCUGCGCUGUGAGAAGCUCACCUUCAACAACCCCACCAAAGAGUUCAGGAGGAAGCUGGUGCGGGCAGGGGGGGUCAUGGUGGUCCCGGAGGGGGCGGAGGCCGUGUCGAGGCCUAGCCCCGACUACCCCAUGCUACCCACCAUUCCCCUGUCCGCCUUCUCGGACCCCAAGAAGACCAAGACCUCCCAUGUGUCCAAGGAGCCCAGCAAAGAGGGCGGCGGCAGCAAGGGCCCCAAACCACACAAGCUGACCAAGGAGCACCGAGAGCGCCCCCGCAAGGACUCGGAGAGCAAGGCCACAUCCAAGGGCGACAGCGACCGCGACGGGGCAGCCAAGAGCGGCCGCGACCCCUCGUCUUCCUCCUCUUCGUCAUCCUCUUCCAAGAAGCCCGCUGACAUCAAGGUGAAGGACGAGGGCGGCAAGGUGGCGCCCAAGGCCGCCUUCAAGGAGCCCAAGCUCACCCUCAAGGAGGCCAAGAUGGAGGGCAUGUCUCCUAAAGGCGGGGGGGGCGGCGCCGGGGGCGGGGGGGCCGGCGCCGCGGACCCCAAGGCCCCCGGGAAGCGGGCCUCGGCCGUGGAGUCCCCCAAGCCCAGCGCCAAGAAGCAGAAGAAGGGCAGCUCGGAGGGGCCCAAGGGGGCCGGGGCCGGGGCCUUCACCGGCACCUCCCCGCGCAUCUCCUCGUCGGCGGCCGCGGCCGGGCAGCCCUACCCCGAGAAGAGGCCCCCCAAGGAGAAGGGGCGCUGGGCCAAGACCAAGAGCGACCCCCAGGAGCUGAAGGAGCCCAAGAAGCCCCCCGAGUCGGACGACUCCAACUCGGAGGACGAGGCCUCGUCCAAGUCAGAGCAGUCGGCCCCGUCCAGCCCGUCCAACUCCAGCUCCAGCUCCGAGUCCAGCUCCGACUCGGACUUUGAGCCGGGCCAGAAGCCGGGCCAAGGGCCCCUGCGCUCCAUGGUGGAGCAGAUCCAGUCGGAGGAGUCGGACGACGACGACAGCAGCUCAGAGGAGGAGACCCCCGUGAAGAACAACCCCAGCAACCGGGACUCUCGACUGAGCCUGGACAGCGAGAGUGAAAGCAGUGACGGCUCGCACCGGCCCGGCCACGACCCGGCCCUGCCCCCGCAGAAACACGGCUCCUCCCACAACAAGGUGUCUGGUAGGAAGAGCCCGGAGCCCUUCCGCUCAGAGAAGGUGUUGAAGAAGGGAUUCGACAAGGUAGGAAGGGCCUACACGGAGGAGCUGGUGGACCUCCACCGCCGACUGAUGGCCCUGAGGGAGCGCAACGUCCUGCAGCAGAUCGUGAACCUGAUCGAGGAGACGGGACACUUCAACGUGACCAACACCACCUUUGACUUUGACCUCUUCUCUCUGGACGAGUCGACGGUCCGCAAACUACAGAGCUACCUGGAGGCCACGGCCACGUGA